UUAGGCGCCGCCCCAUGACGUCCCCGCGGUGACGACAGAGUGAGGUCAGGAUUUCUGCGCCGCCAUGUUGGUUUCGUGUUCUGUUACAUCAGUCUAGUAGCAGAGCUGUCACAAACAUGGAAAGGAUCCUCUGUCCACGAUAAAAGUCGUCAUUUGAGAUGAAGAAGUGAGCUUCAGUUAGCAGGGACCCUCAGAGCAUCAUGCUGGCCCGUCUUUUUCGGCUCCACGGCCUGCUGGUGGCCUCCCACCCCUGGGAGGUGAUAGUGGGGACCCUGGCCUUCACCGUCUGCCUCAUGAACAUGAACACCAUGUCGACCAGCAGCCAGAUGUGCAGCUGGAAUAAUUGUCCCAAGGUGAAAGAGGAGGUCCCCAGUAGUGAUAUAAUUAUUUUGACCAUCACCCGCUGCAUGGCCAUUAUUUAUAUCUACUUCCAGUUUAAGAACCUCUUACAGCUGGGAUCCAAAUAUAUCCUGGGAAUCGCAGGAUUGUUUACAGUGUUUUCCAGCUUUGUUUUCAGUACAGUGGUUAUCCACUUCUUUGGGAAAGAGCUAACAGGUCUUAAUGAAGCUCUGCCAUUCUUUCUCCUGCUCAUUGACCUAUCCAAAGCCUGCACUUUGGCUAAAUUUGCCCUCAGCUCAAACUCUCAGGAGGAGGUGAGGGAGAACAUAUCUAAGGGCAUGGCCAUCCUGGGCCCCACAUUCACGCUUGAUGCACUUGUUGAGUGUCUGGUUAUAGGAGUUGGCACCAUGUCGGGUGUUCCUCAGUUGGAGAUCAUGUGCUGUUUUGGCUGCAUGUCUGUUCUGGCCAAUUACUUUGUCUUCAUGACGUUCUUCCCAGCGUGUGUUUCUCUGGUCCUGGAGCUAUCAAGGGAAAGUCAGGAAGGCCGUCCCAUCUGGCAGAUGAGCCAUUUGGCUCAUGUCCUGGCUGAGGAAGAGGAUAACAAGCCCAACCCUGUCACCCAAAGAGUUAAAAUCAUUAUGUCUCUUGGCUUGGCCUUGGUUCACGCCCACACUCGGCUAACAGCUGAGCAUUCAGGUCACAAUCGCACAGCAGACGGACCCAUAGCAGAGAGACUGGAAUCAGCUGGUACCGUGUGGCCUCAGAAGCUCACUAGUAUGGAACUGGAACACGUGAUAACCCUCAGCCUGGCGCUGCUGCUCGCUGUGAAGUACGUCUUCUUUGAGCAAGCGGACACAGAGUCCUCCCUGUCUCUCAGGAGUCCCAUUAACGGCAUGUCUCUGAGCCAGAAACCCCAGGCAGCAGAGGACUGCUGCAGGAGAGACCAAUCAGCUCCCAAAUCCCAGAAAAGCUCAACUGGUGUCUUGGCAACCAGUAUUGCUUCCUCAGAGGUCUCAGAUGGUAAACCAUUGCCUGAGGCUGAUAUUACCUUUAAAGAAGUGGGAAAAACGGCUUCAUUGGAAGUCGAAGGCUGUGGUUCAUUUUCCCGGGAGACCUCUGGUCAGACAUGCAGUGCUCCUCCUAGUUGUGCAUCAGAACCGCGCUCGCUGGAGGAAUGUAUGGCCAUCCUCUCAGAUCCUCAGAGAGGUCCGGCGAUGCUGACGGAUGCAGAGGUGAUGAGUCUGGUAAGCUCAUGUAAGAUCCUGAACUACAAACUGGAAGCGGUCCUGGACACUCCAGAGAGGGGCGUGGCCAUUAGGAGAGAAAUGUUGUCACUCAAACUGCCUGUCAGCUCUGCACUGGCUUGUCUGCCUUACAAAGGCUAUGACUAUUCCAAGGUGAUGGGCGCUUGCUGUGAGAACGUCAUCGGCUACAUGCCAGUGCCAGUGGGAGUGGCUGGCCCUCUGCUGUUGGACAACCAGCAGUUCCACGUCCCGAUGGCGACCACGGAAGGUUGCCUGGUGGCCAGCACAAACAGAGGAUGCAGGGCGAUUUCUCUGAGUGGGGGUUGCAACAGCAAGAUCCUGGCUGACAGCAUGACCAGGGGUCCUGUGGUGAGGCUGCCCUCUGCAUGCCGGGCUGCAGAGGUCAAAAUCUGGCUCGACACCUCGGACGGAUUCAGCAUGGUCAAAGAAGCCUUCGACGAGACCAGCAGGUUUGCUCGUCUGGAGAAACUGUUGGUGUGUGUGGCUGGAAGGAACCUUUAUAUUCGCUUCCAGUCUCAAACAGGGGACGCCAUGGGUAUGAACAUGGUCUCUAAGGGGACUGAGCAAGCUCUGCGUCGACUGAAGCAGCACUUUCCAGACAUGGAGGUUCUGUCCGUCAGCGGCAACUACUGCACUGACAAGAAGCCUGCUGCUAUUAACUGGAUCUUGGGCCGGGGCAAGUCUGCUGUGUGUGAAGCCACUAUCCCUGGCCAGGUGGUCAAGGAGGUGCUGAAGAGCAGCACAGCUGCUCUGGUGGAUCUGAACAUCAGCAAGAACUUAGUGGGCUCAGCCAUGGCCGGCAGUGUUGGCGGCUUCAAUGCUCACUCUGCAAACAUCGUAGCAGCCAUCUACAUAGCCUGUGGACAGGACCCGGCUCAGACUGUGGGGAGCUCCAGCUGCAUCACUCAGAUGGAGGCUGCUGGUCCAGAUGGAGAGGACCUGUACAUCAGCUGCACAAUGCCCUCUAUAGAGUUAGGAACUGUGGGAGGAGGCACCAACCUGCCGCCACAGCAGGUCUGUCUGCAGAUGCUUGGUGUUACAAGCCCCAACCAGCCAGGCGAGAAUGCUCGGCAGCUGGCCCGUGUGGUUUGUGCCACCGUCCUGGCGGGAGAGCUUUCCCUGAUGGCAGCUCUGGCUGCAGGACACCUCGUCAAAAGCCACAUGACUCACAACAGAUCUAAAACCAACCUACCGGAGUUGGCUUUGGCGAAGUCUAAGACAACUGUUCCCUAAACGUUGAUCCUUCGUCCUGCCGCGGUUCUGAUGGAGUUCAUCAAACUGUGUUAGGUUGCUCCUGACCCUGCCCAGCUGACAGGGAGAGAUGUUACCGUUAGAAAUGUGUGCCAUUUAUUUGAAUGUGCCAUUUUUAUCCUGAUCAAUCAACUAACUGAAUCACUGAGAUGUGUUUGAACUGAUGAAAUUCACUGAAAACGAUUCUGGCGCCUCUUCAGCGAAUGCCAAAUGGCUUCUCCGUACAGAGAAUAGCUUCGGAGUAAAAAGCCGCAAGGUUGUUAUUCAAAUCAGUCUUUGCAUUUGCCUAAAGCUUGUUGGAGACUGCUGCUGAUGUGUGAUCUAACGUUUGUUUUACUGUCAGUGUUUUAAGCUCUCCCUUUGGGCCAUCCUCCCUGACUGAAACGUGCUGCUGUAUACCGUGUAUACUGUGGAGGGGCGUUCGGUUCUCAUUCCGAUCCACUAACUAGUUGUUACUGGUGUGUCUCUGUCUGGAGACAAGAAAGACUUAAAGCAGUAUUUAUUUACUUGAAGCGUUUUCAAGUGAAAGUAUUAAUUCCUGAGGUGGUGAAUGUUAAAGAACGGCUGUAAUGACUCCAUGAUUAUAGAUCGUACAGAUUCUUGUAUCGUCAUCCUCAGAAGUGGCCUUAUGUAUUACAAGUGGAGCUUUGCCAUGCUUUACAUAGAAUAUCCAAUUCAAAGAAAUGUCUUCCACUUGUAAUCUUAUUUAACAAGUAAACACUACCUUUGUA